AUGGUCCCUUUUGAUUCUCUUCUUUUUGGAGGACUUCAGAACAAGCAAGCCUUUUACUCUAAAGGCGAAAUCUUGGGUCCAGAUAUAGGGACACCUGGAAAGCUGCCUCGGUUAUUCCAAGAAGAUGGUCCGCCAAACAAAAUAAACACGACUGAUCAUAUUGAAUCUCAGAACAAUUUCCAUAACUUGGAUGCCUUGUUUCUUGACACCACGUCUCAGUUUCGUUCGUAUGAUCAGAUGCAAGAGCUUGCAGAUAUCGAAUCUCAGUAUUCCGAGCUUAUUAAACCACAUGCGCAAGCGAAAGGGAUAGAGACAUCAAGUCAUGAUGCAGUUCACUAUGAGGUGAGUGAGCGGAAGUUAUCAACUGAUGCAAUUAUUCGGUUAGGUGGUGAACGAUUUAUACAGUCAUCUUCAUCUUCAUCAGUGAACGAUAUCUCAAUGCCGAGCCAUCCAUACAGCACUUCAUUUUCGGGCCUAUCCGACCAGGAAGUUAAAGAUGUUGAGCUCAUUGAAAAUCUUUUACUUUCUGCAGAGAAAGUCACCCAACAACAGUUUGAACGUUCAACAAAGCUUCUCGACUGGUGUGAUGUGUUAUCCCCUAGUCUGGGGAACCCAAUUCAACGAUUAGUACACUAUUUUUCAAAAUCUUUACGUGAAAAGAUCGAUGGUGAAACCGGGAGAGUUUCCGUCCGUGGGUCUGGAAAGAAACAAGUAGAUGAAAUUGAAGCGAGAAUGAUGAGCCCAAAUCCAACUACAAUCUCUGUUUACCAAAGUUUACCAUUUUUUCAAGCGGGUCACUUUUCUGGGGUGCAGUCUUUGGUUGAUGGUGUAGCAGGGGCGACACAUGUGCAUAUAAUUGAUCUAUCGAUAAAACACGGCAUACAUGGUACGAUUCUAAUGCAAGCUCUUAAAUCUCAACACAAUUGUCCUAUCAAGCAUCUUAAGAUAACAGCUGUGGGGAAUAACCACAAACAGAAAAUUGAACAUACAGGCGACCGGUUAAAGAAUUUUGCUGAAUCCAUUAACUUAUCUUUCACAUUUCAUGUGGUUGUUGUGGAAGAUAUGUUAGAUUUUAAAAAAGAACUUUUUGAAUUGGAUCCAGAUGAAGCUUUGGCUGUUCACUCAUCACAUGGUUUAUGGAGCAUGAUUUCACAUCAGGACAGACUUGAAUCCCUAAUGAAAGGAAUUAAAAGUUUCAAUCCUCGUGUUAUGGUGGUAUCUGAGGCUGUAGCCAAUCUUAACUCACCAAACUUUGUGAAUCGAUUUAUUGAAGCUCUGUUUUUUUAUGGGGCGCUUUUUGAUUCGUUAGAAGAUUGUAUGGGCCGUGAAGAUGAAAACCGUGUUAUUGCUGAGUCUAUGUAUUUUGGCCGUGGAAUAAGGAGCUGUGUGGCUGCAGAAGGGGAGGAGAGAGCGAUUAGGCAUGUGAAUCUUGAUGUUUGGAGAAAGUUUUUUGCACGGUUUGGGAUGAAGGAGAUUGAACUUAGUAUGUCGGCUUUAUAUCAAGCAAACCUGAUGGCAGAAAAACUUCCUUGUGGAAGCUCUUGCUCGCUUGAUAUGGAUGGUAAUUCCCUUCUUAUUGGGUGGAAAGGAACACCAAUCCAGUGUGUUUCGGCUUGGACCUUCUCAUGAAAAUGAACUCAUGGCAUCCGUAGCAGUCCGACUUAUGUUCAAUAUUACAUAUUUAGAAAAGCUCACUAUUCACAGAGGGCACUUACUUGUAAUUGUUCUGCGAAACUUGUGCCAUUUAGUCACAUGUUGACUGUUCUUCCUGUUUCUAGUUUAUCUCUAUAAGUGACAUGAGCAUCAGUCUAUUGUUAUGGUUAUGUUUAA